AUGUUUGGAAUCGAUAAAGAGAAGGCUCAGGUGAGCUAUGACAUCGAACAAACGCUGGAAUAUAGUGACGACAAACAACCGCCUAAGGACUUCCACGCCAAGUUGGAUAAGGACAAAUAUGGUGAGACGAAAAGAGGAUUAAAGGGGCGUCAUCUUAAUUUGAUGAUCAUUGGUCAAACUAUCGGUACCGGCUUGUUUAUUGGGUUGGGGCUGCCAUUGUAUACCCUGGGGUCGCUUUCAUUAUUACUUGGUUUCAUCGUGUGGCUGACAUUCGGGGUGAUGCCAUUAAUCUUUGCUGCUGCUACCUUCUCGCUGUAUUUACCAAUCCCCGGUUGCUUCCUCCAUUUGGGGGCACGGAUUGUUGACCCUGCUUUUGGUUUUGCUGUGAACUACAUUUAUACUUAUACUUGUAUGAUGUUUGUUGCCCUCGAAGCUACGGGGGUGGCAUCAGUGAUCCAGUUUUGGACGGAUAUCAACCCGGCUGUGUUCAUUGCCAUUACCAUUGUCGUAUGGUUUCUCAUUAACAUCUUUGGUGUAAGAUACUACGGUGAGAUUGAAGGGGCCUCUGCUUUCCUCAAAAUCGUCCUUAUUUGUGGGUUAAUGAUGUUUGGUCUCGUGGCUAUGUGUGGUGGUAACCCCAAAAACGAAGUGCUUGGUUUCAAGAGAUGGAACCAAGGCGGCCUUUUCCGAGAAUUCCUCGUCACUGGCUCAACAGGACGCUUUCUCGGAUGGUGGAAUGUCUUGAUUUAUGCUGCUUUCGCUUGUGGUGGUCCCGAUCAAAUUGCUCUUUUGGGUGGGGAAAUGGAAAACCCUCGUAAACAGUUGCCUCUGGCCGCCAGAGCUACUUACUUCCGCAUUUGCUUAUUUUACUUUGGUGGCAUUUUCUUUAUGAACUCGAUCUGUGCUGCUAAUGACCCGGUGCUUGUGGCUGCAAAGGAGAACGGGUCCUCGGGGGUAUUGCUGUCUCCCUGGGUGAUUGGUAUCCAAAGUUUGGGAGUGAAAGGCCUUGCCCUGGUGGUCAACGCCGGCGUAUUAACUCUGGCAUUCUCAUGUGGUAACGGCUUCCUCUAUGGGGCUACUCGUUCGUUAUACGGGGCGUCGUUAGCUGGCUAUGCUCCUCGCUUCUUCUCCAAGUGCUUGAAGAACGGUACUCCCAUCUACGCGUUGAUCAUGUCGUUGGCCAUUGGUUGCUUGGCUUUCUUGUCGUGUAACGAUGGUACUAACGUCGUAUUCAACUGGUUCAUCAAUUUGUCCACUACGGGGAUGCUUUGUACCUAUUUGCUGUUGUGGAUCAUUUAUUUCAAGUUCAAGAAGGCAGUGGCAGUUCAAGGUACGCCGCUCGAUUCUCCCGAGUAUCCUUACUACCGCGGUCCCCGCUGGCUCCACGAUUACGUCGCCUACUUCUCGUGUGGCUUUUGUGUGGUGGUCUUGUUUUUCAACGGGUUUUGGGUGUUUUUCCCUUCGAAGUUCACGGUGCUGGACUUAUUUGCCCUGUACUUCGCUCCCGUAUUCUGGAUCGUGCUUUAUGUGGCGUGGAAGAUCUUGAAGCGGACUAAAGUACGGUCGCCUGAGGAAGCCGAUUUGACGACGGGGAAGCAAGAGUUUGACGAGUACGAGAAUGAGUUUUUGGCGAAGCAGGAGGAGAAGCGGAAACCCGGGUUCAUGGGGUUCUUACAACGGCUCAUGGACUAG